AUGGUCACCCAAAUUGAUCUACAAAACUGCUUACAAUGGGCCCAAGAUAAUGGGGCCUUCAUCGAUCCAAAAAUCUCUUUCAAGAUUACUGAAGACGCCGGUGUUACUGCAUUUGCGAACGAAAAAUUCUCUCCCAGACCCGACCAAGCUCUAAUUAGGGUACCCGAGACUCUGCUGAUUACUUCCCAGCAGGCUUUGUCAGAAUUUUCCGGGGCUGUUAAUGAAAGGACCCUUUUAAAUUCUGUUACACAAUUGUACUUGUCAAAGUUAAAAUUUGGCUCCGAUGCUGUUCAUCUAAAACCCUUUUAUAAACCAUAUUUAGAUGUGCUACCCUUACAUCUUCCGCAACCGUAUUUUUGGUCUACCGAUGAAGUCAUGAACUUGCGUGGUACAGAUGUGUACUUAACUAUGAGAGAUACGUUAAACAAGCUAGUAAGGGAUUGGAGGGAGCUAUUCCAGGUUUUAUCCAUUGAACACUCUGUGCAGGAUAAGCAGUUCUUGUCUUUAUUCCAAGGGAGUGGCGUCUCUGCGGUAGUGCCGUUGGAACAGUUCUGCGCACACAUCAAUUCAUGUAAACUGGAGGCUUCAGAGUGGAACUCGUUCAUAGGAUAUCUCUGGUCGUACUGUAUCUUUAACUCUAGGGCAUUUCCUCGUAUUAUUUUAAAUAGGGCCGGCACAGACAGCACUAAUCUGAACGAAGGAUUUUUGUAUCCAAUAGUAGAUCUGUUAAACCAUAAAAACGACGUACCAGUGAGAUGGGAGAUGAACGAACAUAAUGAACUCUGUUUUAUGUCACAAUCUGCCACAUUUAGUGCGCAGGAGGAAUUGUUUAAUAAUUAUGGUAAUAUCUCUAACGAAAAAUGUCUGUUGAACUACGGGUUCUGGGACUCCUCCAAUAAGUACGAUUUUUCCAGAUUAACUUUAAAACUACCUUCCACGCUACUUAAUGACUUGCCGAUAGAUUUGAAUAAAUCGGGCAAUUUCGUUAGUGACGAUGGAGACACUAAUAUUUUGCAAUUUAGCUUGAAGCUUUCUGAACCACUACCUUCAAGUCUAUUGGCGUUAUUUGCUUACCUAAGUAAGUUGAAAUCUGAGGAAAGCCCAACCGUGAGGAGCGUAUUGGAGGGUAUUGACCAAUUAACGUCUGUGGUAUCCCAGAGAUUACUGUUCUACAAGAAUUUUAAAAUCAUAACUUCUUCAACUCAAAAAUUGCGUCUUCCCACUAUUAAACUAAUCAAACUAUACUAUCAAGACAAUAAAAAAAUUUUAAAUGCCACUAUUGAGAAACUGUCCGUUUUACAAAAAAAAAUAUUUAACGCUAACAAGGAGUUUUCGCUUUCAUUCAAGACAAUUUUCAAAAAUGACAAAAUAUUCGCUAAUUCUCUCUUAUUGAUAUUUGGUGCUAUAAAUUACGAAGACUUAAUCACAAAGGAUUGUCUCAACGACGCAUUGUUGCUUUGGAUAGUCAAAUCAAUCAACGAUAAAAGUAAUAAACAAGAUAGUUUUAUUAAACAAGCGUUCAGAGAAGUUAGUGAUUCAAUUGUAAUUGAGAAAGAAGAUGUUAUGGAGUUUUUACCGUUUUAUAAAAAAUACUUCCCUAAUUUAUCGGAGAGGAUUCCAGAAAUUUACAGCGUCGGUGAUUGGGGGAUAAGACAGUUCAUUGUGGCGGAUACCGCCAUUGAUAGGUUGGUUUGGAUCAGGAAAUCAAAUAAAGAGCCUAUUUUCCUAAUGAAAAAGACAUAUGACUUGCAGGUUUAG